AUGUAUUGUCGCAGUGGAAAACAUAGUUUCGCUUUUAUCUGGAUAUUACAGUGUAUAUUUUCUAGUGUUGUGUUUGGUGCCGUGAAAAGUUCGGAAAAUAUAGAUGAAAAUUACGUCCGGGUUAACAAAUGCUGUGAAAUUAACGAACUCAAAGUUGAAGACAGAUGUACCCAUGUGAAUGAAACUAGUGCCGAACUUUGGCAGCCAAUUUUUACUGGUCUAAAUGGUGAACAGAAGGUCCAAGUCAAAUUCAAAUUCGUCACCGGAAUACCUCAAUGUGGUUCAACGGAACAAAGGCAUAUUUAUCAUUAUGCAGCCAGCUCUGAUAAAUUAGUACUUCUGUCUAAUGGCAAUUUAAGACAUUAUAUUGAUUAUAAUGUCGAUAAUGAAUAUUAUUACGACGAUGAGAAAGAUGGAUCAUCUGAACCUACUUAUUACGAUUACAUUCCUGGACUAUAUUGCAUGGACAAGAUUAUUAGCAACGACAAUAAAACUGGUCAAUAUGCAUCAGUGUGCGUACCAAGAGUAGAAACAGUAUGGAAGGAUCCUGAAUUUUUAAUUCACAAAAUAAUAAAUCCUGCUCUGCACAUACUGUGUAUUGCAAUAUUACUGACAGUAGCAGUAAUUUACUUUGUACUUCCAACUUUAAGGGAUUUGGUUGGAAAUAUAAUCACCACAAUGUCCAUGUGUUUGAUCAUUACUCAAGCUGCAGAUCUGGUUAGAAUUUACACCGAGUUUAGUAGUCAUGUCAGUUUUAUGGUUGCAGAUUCUGUGCUGUAUGUAAGUUUGCAAGCUACGUUUUUCUGGCUGAGUGGAUUAGGAUAUUACAUAUGGUCAACAUUCAGAUCGAGAAAUGUAUUCCUACGAGUAACAGAUGGAAGAAAAUAUUGCUGGUAUUCUGGCUAUGUUUGGAGUUGCACAACAAUAAUGGCAGCCUUAGCAUUAUUUGCACAUUAUACAUUAGAUAAUGUUAAAACUAACAAUGCGGUUAAGGAUACUAAUCAGCCUACAGUCGGUUGGCUUGGUAUCGCCGUAUUUUUCACACCUAUUGCCUUUAUAAUUCUUGUCAAUAUAUUCUUCUAUGUUACUACACAUAAGAUUAUAAGUAGGAUGAGUACAUAUGGAAGGAUACAUCAUAAAUUAAAGAACAAUUUCAGAAUAUUCCUAUUUCUCUUCAUAAUCCUAUCGAUAUUUUGGAUGUCUAUGCUAUUAUCCUGGCUAAAUUUUCCACUACUAUUUUACACUCAUGUAAUUAUUAAUGCACUACAUGCACCAGCCAUUUUAUAUGUCUGUGUUUUAAGUCAGAAACAUGUCACAUUUUUGUUACGAAAGUCAUGCUGUUAUGGACAAGAAGCAGUUCCACAGAACGAAUGGGGUGAUGAAAUGACGCAUAUGAAUGGCUUUGACUAUUGA